CAGUGUUUAGUUUGUAUUUGGUUGGUGAAUGUACCGCCGUGUUAACGUAAUCAGGGAUUAGUUUGUGCAAGUCACAAUACGUGUGUUAGACAUAUCCGAGAAAAAUAGCAUCACUUUAACGAUACAUCCACCUUACCUAUAGCAUGUUUUAAUUGUUCCACGUUGUUCAGAGCAGCAGACAUGGUGGAGCCGACGUCGCACAAGUUUGCAUCCCUAGAAGAGGAGCUUGGCUUCUGGAAGGAGCAGGCAGAAAGACACCAGCAAAGGGCUGAGGAGGCUCAGGAAGAACUGCAGGAAUUCCAGCAGAUGAGUCGAGACUAUGAAGCAGAACUGGAAACGGAGCUGAAGCAGUGUGAGGGUCGAAAUAAAGAGCUCCUGCUGGACAACAACCGACUUCGUAUGGAACUGGAAAGCAUAAAGGAGAAAUUUGAGGUCCAGCAUUCUGACGCUUUGAGGCACAUCUCGACCCUGGAGGAUGAUCUGGCACAGACCACAGCAGUGAGAGAUCACUUGCAGAAGUAUAUCAGAGAGUUGGAGCAGUCCAAUGAUGACCUGGAGAGAACCAAAAGGGCUACCAUCAUGUCUCUGGAGGAUUUUGAGCAGCGGAUGAAUCAUGUCAUUGAGAGGAAUGCUUUUCUCGAAAGCGAGCUGGAUGAGAAAGAGAAUCUUCUUGAGUCUGUUCAGAGGCUCAAGGACGAAGCUAGAGACCUUCGCCAAGAACUGGCUGUCCGACAGAAGGAGAGACGGCCAUCCAGCAGCCUGGGCAAAGACACAGAUCGUCCUGAUCUCUCCUCGGUUGGUAACCCGUCCAUUCCAGUCACACCCUCCAAACCUCUGAGCUCAUACGCCACACCACCGGCUUCCAGCAUCCGACGAGGUGAUGGUCUAACGGGCACUCCGCUCACAACAUCUGCUCGAAUAUCUGCACUUAAUAUUGUAGGCGAGCUGCUGAGAAAAGUUGGAAAUUUGGAGUCAAAGCUGGCUUCCUGUCGAGACUUUGUGUACGACACGUCUGUCAGCAGACCAGCGCUUCCAGCAGGGCCGGGUAGUCCUCUAGGUUUAGAACCAAGCUCUGAGGUCCAGGCCACCAGUUUUAGCCCUCCUCCCCCUCAGUACGACAGUUUGGUGAAGCGGUUAGAGUUUGGACCAGCUCCUCCGAGAGGGGUCCCCCAGGGCGCCCAGUCUCCACAGGGAGGAGUCAAGAUCCUGCUAUGAAAGGAGGACCAUGGCAACCCACCUCCUUCCACCCCCUUAAUAAACCACAGCGAUGGGACUUUGAACUGAGCCGUCUUCCCUUGUUGCCACACGCUGUGCUGAACUAUUUGAACUAGAAAGCCUCUCUCCCCACUCCCCUCAAAGAGAGCGGCCCCUGCCAUCAGCACUUGGACUUAUGCUGCCUUGGGUUAGUGUCAGCAGCACUACAUCUUGUAAAAUCAAGGAAUGCAUAACCACUCACUCUAUAUCUUCCAACGGAUCUUUAAUACACGUGGCGGGUGGCAUCUAAAAAUAAUGGUAGGCCUUCUGUGUCUGCUCCUGCUUAUUGUGAUGGAUCAAGCGCAGCAUUACUGCUCCCACAUAAUUAAGUUAGUGUAGUUGCCUGCUGAUCGUGAUCCACAUUAAGAGUAAUGGUAUGUUGUAGUAAGCAAUUACAGGCACUGGAAAGUGACCCCGGUACAAGGACCAAAAAGCAGGAGUGUUAAUUAUGAGUAACAAACUGUUGUGUUCAUGACCAAAUCCAAACCAAAACUGUGACAGAGGGAAAGAAAACGGGCUCAAAAAGGAAUGGGUUAGGUUUAUGCUUUUUGAUAAGGAACAUGUGGUAAUAUGUCAGCAAGGUCAUGGCCAACAAAAAAAAACUGAGCAAAGACUAAGGCAAUAAGACUCUUUCAGUUUUCUUUUUUGUUGUUUUUUUUUUUCUCCCUAAGAUCAUCACUCAUGUCUCAAGUUGCAUUCUCAGCUCUAAAUGACUGGUGGGGAGUUUGGGUUUUCAUUAGUCACAUAUAUGAGUGAUGUCCACUUGAAACUCACUAACUAGGGUCUCUCACUGAAACAAUAUCCACAGAAAGUUUGUUCCCAUUCACACCUUUAGUCUGGAGGUACUGACCAUUACCGUAUCACUAAGUAUGGUAUAACCAGACACUCGGGUUAAUCUUAACAACAGCCUCUAAUUGCAGGUGUGUUGUUAACAGACCCUAGUUAGGGUUAGUUUCAGCACUCACAGAUGUUCCAAAUAAAAACCUUGACUCCCCACCCGUCACUAAAGCAGCCACUUGUAUGAUCUUCCUUUGUUUUUGUUUAGUGCAACUUUUCAAUUAUUAUUAUUACUGCACCGUGAGCUUGUAAUAAUUCACUGAAUGCUAAUUUACUGCACUCACUGAAAACAUUAGAUACACUGGCGGGGGAAAACAUUCGCUCAUAAGGGUUCGUCAAUAUCACUUGUGCAUCGAAUGGCCUGGUUGGUGAGUGUAGGUAAAGAUUGUUGAUUUAAAAGGAUGGAGAAACAUUCUUAAUGUCGAUGUGACCCCAGACCGAGUGAAUUAUGGGCGCAGAAUGACUUAGUUACUGCCAUGAACUGGUAUUUGAGCCAUCGCUGCCUUCAUCACUGCUAGUACCUCUUCAGUUUGUGAGCCUUACUUUGCUCUGAUUCCAGGAAACCCUGAAAUGGGUUUUGUACACUGUCAGACAUUUGGAAAUGAGAGAGCGCCACAUUCCUUCAGGGUGAUUUAAGGAAUCUCACUUCGUCGUUCAUUCACUUCUAUCACCUAUACCCUCACAUUGCGCAGACUUGUUUUAUCGGACUAAUUGUUUUCAGGCUUGUAAAUGUGAAGAAUAGGUAUAGGCUUUCUGCCUCAGAGAUGACAGUUUUAUGAUCUAGUGUUACCAAGAACGUUUUUCUACUAAUUUUAGUUGACAGUAGGAUCUAGGGGGGCUCAUGUGCACUACUGAAUGUAUAGUAAUAAGUCUCUUAUGGAUGAGGGACAUCCUGCUGCCAUCAAGAGUUAUAUGGUGACAUAGGGAAAAAGCAAUAACAGAUUUUAAAAGGUCAAACAUGAGCACAGUUCAUAGUAUAUUUGUGUGGGUAUAUAGAGUUUGUAUUGAAUGCCCUUAUCCUGUCUUUUAGUUUGGGAUUUUGAGAACUAGACCGUUGCAGCUUAUCUCUUUCUCUAAAUGUUUCUGGUUAAUCUGAUGUCGUCACCGUUACCAUCCAGCAACGCAUUACCAAAUCUCACCCCUGGAUGUCACUGGAUGUCCAUAGAGGAAUCAUCUGUGUGUACUACUCCGUAGCCCGUGUGUGGGGAACUUGUGACUGAGUCCUGUUUACUGUUUAACCUUCCUUGGACUUACAUGAGCUAACUGUAAUCACUGACCUCUAUGUAGCACCUCUGCAACUGCUUCUGUGUGUUGGCAUCAGCUGUAUGUGCCUGUGGUUCUACACCCAACUACUGUCCUGUUUGUUGUUGAACUGAACAGAUGAGAAUGAUGUUAUGACAAAUCAGUUUAAACUUACCGACCAAAACAGAAACAUUAAAAAGAGAAAGUCGA